UGCUAAAGAAAAAUAAUCAAAAGGCCUUUUUUAUCUACAUUCUCUCUCUGUAUUAUAUCUGUCCUUUUUCUCCCUCUGUAUAUCUACUAUCAAUUUAGGGUUUUCGGAUUCUUGAACUAGUUGACUCAGCCAUGAUUUCUGAUUCGAAUGACAAAGUUUCAAUCCUCAUGACAUCCUCUAACCCCAAAGAUUUCGCCAAGAAAAAAAAGGCAAAUCGGUUGGCGAAAUUGAAGCAGUAUAAGCUUGAUGCUCGCCGUGAGCAGUGGCUUUCUCAAGUGAAGAGCAAGGGUGGCUUUAAUGGUGAAUUCAUUGUUAGAGAGGGGAUGCAUGGCCCUCCAUCAGUGAAUUUGGAGAAUGAAAGUGUCCCUCUAAUAGAUAAAUUGGAGGUAAGUCCGGAGGAUAAAUACGAAGAUGGAAUGUUGACCCACCAUUACGGUGAUUCAGAGUCAUCACCCUUGAGCAGCCCCACCAGCAGCAUCAGUAGUAUCUUGGAUAGCAAUGAUUCUGGGGCCAAUUUUACUGGAAGUAGCAGCAGCAGCAGCCGAAGCAGUAGCAGUAGCUCAGAAAGCAUGAGAGAGGUAGAUGAUGAUGGGUGUUUUGAUGACUGGGAGGCUAUGGCUGAUGCCUUGGCUGCCACUGACCAAAACGAGCAUGAGCAUAAUGUCAACUCAAGAAUAUAUUCACCUCCUCCAGGUCAACGUGUAGUUGGUGUCCAAUCAGAAUCUCAAUCAGCAAUAACAAACCGGACAGUUUCAAGGACUGCUAGUUCGAAUCCAAGGCCUGAGACUGGGGUAUCAGUUGUGCAGAAGGCACCUGUAAAUUGUUGGGCUUGGAGGCCUGAUGAUGCUUGUCGCCCUCAGAGCCUGCCCAAUUUGUCAAAGCAGUAUAGUUUUCCCUUGAAUACUGAGCGGCAUGCUUGUGGCAGAGGCUCUGUUUGGCACUAUAAGAAUGUAGGGUCAGUUCCUACCUCGUGUCCAAUAUGUUAUGAGGAUUUUGAUUUCACAGAUUCGAGUUUUCUCCCUUGUUUGUGUGGAUUUAGGCUCUGCCUUUUCUGUCACAAAAGGAUCCUUGAGGAGAAUGGGCGCUGUCCAGGCUGCAGGAAGCAAUAUGAAACUGUUCCUGUCGAGGGAGAGGCAACAUCAGGCGGAUGCAGCUUGACCUUUCAGCUGCCCCGUUCUUGUAGCAUGAUAACAAGGUCGUAGGAAGAUUCUCUGUUUCCCUUGAAUUUUAUCUCUUUCCCUCAGGGCGACUUGUGUGUGUUCUUACCGUUAAGAAUAUGAUUUUCACAAUAUUAGAUGUUGACUCAAAGAAGAACCAUUAUAGUGUCGUAUAAUUUUUGUCCACAUUUGUGUGGUGCUUGUUAUGAUGUAGAAGACAUGUUAUUAUGUGAAUAGAUAAGGUGGUAUACAAUGCGUAUACACUAAAUGUGGUUUAGUACAACUUUC